UUUUCAUCUCCUUUACAGAAGGACAUGUCACUAAAGCCUCAGGAGCGGAAGGAGAAAUGGGAGAGGCAUCCAGGCAAGAAACCUAGAGAAUCUGAAAACUGUGUAUCUGCUGAGCCAAGUGAAAAUGGCCAUAACAACGAUGCGGGGAGCUCGGAGAGAGAGGCAGAACGAGGCAAGGAACGGAUGAAGAAGAAAUUUCCCUUGAAGCUGUCCAAACAGAUGAAGGUCCCUACAAGCAGAAGUGGCAGAAAUAGCGAGGAAGACAGCAUCAGGGAGGCCACAAGCUCUCAGCGGAGCAGCUCAAGGGACCGUCUCAGUGAUAGUUCUGCUCAAUCGCUUUCAGGAAGAGGCUACUCCUGUGACAGCGAGAGCGAUAUUGACGAUAAGACCGCAACGGAACUGGAGCUGACUCGUAUCAGGAGUGCCUUGAUAACAAGCAAGGCUUCUGUAGGCUCUGAGAAGCUGUUCUCUCCUGCAGCAAAUAAAGGUCCCACCUUGAAUGACAAGCCAGAAGCGAAAGCAGCCAAUGUCCCCAAGGUGUCUGGGCUAGAGCGGAGCCGGGAGCUGAGCACCGACGUGCCCUUCGCCCUGCCCAUCCCCAGCCCCCAGCCAGUCGCUGCCGUUGUGACUUCGACUUCCUCAGCGCCCACGUCAAGUGCCAGAGCAAGCCCACUGCUGAAGAAGGAGCCAGUGAUUUCAGCACCAGCACCACCCAGGCUCACGCCUCAGCCGCAGCCUCGGCCGCAGUCACAACCUCAACCUCGGCCGCAGUCGCAGCCGCAGUUAAUCCCUGACCUUCGGAGCCAGCCUCCAAGCCACAUCCCUCCGCCUCUCAACUACCAAGUGCAUCACCAGGUGGCCCACAACGGACUCAAUAAUAUCAGCCGGAGCAGCAGUGCUAGCAGCGCAACGAGCAUCAGCCUCCCGAAACACCUGCCCCUGUCUCCCCAGAUUCCGCCACACCAUUCCUCCGGCCCAGCUCUGCCCCUCUCCAUCUCUAAUCUUGCUACCUCGCACUUCUCUCUCAGAUCGCAGACCCAACACCAGCACCAUCCGGCCAUGUUCGCCACCCCACCCACGCUGCCACCUCCACCAGCGUUACCCACCAACAGCCUCGUGAUACCAGGGCACCCUGCGGAUCACGAACUGCUCAGGCAAGAGCUGAACAACCGGUUUUUGGUUCAGAGUUCGGACCGGGCCGCUGCCUCACUUGGCCCGGUGCCGCUGCUGAGAGCGGAGUUUCACCAGCACCAACACACGCAUCAGCACCAACACACCCACCAGCACACAUUCACUCCUUUUCCAUCCAGCUUGCCCCAGACGCCGCUCAUGCCGCCCUCUGCACCUCCCAUGGUGCGUACCCCAGCCCAAAAUUUUGACAAGUACGCUCCCAAAUUAGACAACCCUUACUUUCGACAUUCCAACUUCUUUCCAACCUAUCCUCCAGCAAUGCCUGGAAUGCCACCCAUGCUUCCACAUUCAGGUCCCUUUGGGUCACUUCAGGGAGCAUUUCAACCGAAGACUUCAAACCCUAUUGAUGUAGCAGGUAGACCAGGCACAGUCCACCAUACGCUGCUGCAGAAGACUCCAGGGGUGUCAGACCCUUAUAGGCCUCCAGUAAGAGUAAGUAAGAAACCCGGGAAGUGGUGUGCGGUUCAUGUACAGAUCGCCUGGCAGAUCUACCAUCACCAGCAAAAGAUAAAGCAAAUGCAGCUGGAUCCCCACAAGCUAGAGAUAGGUGGUAAACUUGACCUGUUCAGCAGACCUCCCGCCCCUGGAGUGUUUCCAGGCUUCCAUUAUCCACAAGAUCUUGCCAGGCCUCUGUUUUCUACCACAGGUGCGACACAUCCAGCCACCACCCCUUUUGGUCCCUCACCUCACCACAGCAGUUUCCUGCCUACAAACCACUUGGCAGAUCCAUUUAGCAGGUCAAGCACCUUCAGCGGCCUUGGGAACUUAGGCAGCAAUGCCUUUGGAGGAUUAGGCAGUCAUGCUCUGACUCACAACAACAUUUUUACCCACAAAGAUGGCCCAAACCUGCAGAAUUUCAAUAACCCCCAUGAGCCAUGGAAUAGACUCCACCGGACCCCGCCGUCCUUCCCAACACCUCCACAGUGGCCCAAGCCCACGGAUUCGGAGCGGAGCUCCUCGGUGACAAACCACGACAGGGACAGAGAGCGGGAGCGGGAGCCCGAGAAGAGGGAUCUUUCUCUGAGCAAAGACGACAGAGACAAAGACAGAGACCUCAUGGAUAAAAACAGACAUUCGAACAGAUCCUCGCCGGCAUCAGCCCCAGUGACGCACCAGAUAAGCAAUCUCAUCCGCAGCAACAGCCAGAGCUCCAGCGAUCCCAUCAGGCAGGUCAGCCUCGGGGACAGGGAGAGGUCCAAGGAGCCCGAGCGAGAGCACCCUGACCGGCUGAGAGAGCCGCCCAUAGCUGAACACAAGAUCAAAGAGAGCCGUUCCCCAGUGAAGGAAACUCCAAGCCAUGAUAAGAGACCCUCUGAGGACAACACAAAGCCAGUAAUCCAGUCUGUAUCCCCAUACAGCAAACCUGCACUAAGUGAGAGCCUGAAGCUUACCAAUCUAAUGAGCAAGGACAUGGAGAGAAAGACAGAGCUUCCCAGCGACCUCCAGAAGAUUAAGAAUGACAUCAAAGUCAAGGAGGAGAGAAAGGAAGACAGUGAUGUGCUAGUGGUUGGGUCUGAGCCUUCCCAGCACUCCCGGUCAGUGGAGCAUCCCCCACCGCCCACUCUCCAUGGAUUAUCAUUGCCUCACUCGAUGGCUGCCUCCAUGCCCAUCUCCAUGGGCAGCGUGCACCAGAUGAACAACAUGAAUGUCCUGGACCGCAGCAGGAUGAUGACCCCGCUCAUAGGCAUGAACCCUUUGUCAGGAAGAGAGAGGCUGCCGCAUCCCGGAUUUUCCUGGGACCCGAUGAGGGACCCGUUGCGAGAUGCCUACCGGAGCUUAGACCUGCACCGUCGAAUGGACUUCCAGCUCCGGACAGAUCCUAUCCAUAGGUUUCCUACCACCUCUGGCUUUUAUGACCACGAGCGUUCCUACAGAGACAGGGAACCACACGACUACAACCACGAGAACCUUCUGGAAGCCCGCCGAGAGCAGGAGCGGUUGCGGCAAGUGGAGGAGCGCGAGCGCUUGCACUUACGGGAAGAACUUGAGCGUGCCAGAAUGCACCACUUGCACUCGUCCCCCAUCGAAAGCCACCUGGCACACGUGCCAUCCUUCAUGCCUCAUUUGAGCGGGAUGCAUUACCCCAGACUGAGUCCAUCCACUGCCAUGCACAACGGGAUUUUGAACAGGAACCCGCCGACCGCAGCGCUGAGCGCGCCGCCGCCUCUCGUACCAGCCAGCAGCACCAGACCUGCCUCCCCUCGCAGGACUACUCCACUCACAAACUCUGAGUCCAGGGACUAUUCCCCCUCUAGGAACCCCAAAGAAGUAGAGGCACGAUAGUCCCCAACAUUGAAUUUUAAACUCACCUGUACAUAAAACAAGCAAGCAAACAAACAAACAAACAACAACAAAAAAAACACAAACAGGAAAAAAACAACAAAAAAAGAAAACAACAAACCUUUUACAAAAUGCACUGCUGUAAACUUUUUUUUAAUGUAAAAUUUGUAGAAGUUAAGCACAUUUCCAUAAAUAACGGGGUUGGGGACUUUCCAACAAGAAGGUUGCUGAGAAUGGGAAUUUAAUAUAUAGGUAUUGAUUUUUGGUUUUGUUUUUUGUUUCUGUGCUAAAAAAAAAUGAGUUAAGAAUAUCAAGUUUGUACAUUUUUUCCCAAAUGUGAGAAACAUUUUUAAUGGAUUUGUAUUUUUUUUAAUUUUGUGCUCUUUAUUCACUUAAAAAAAGAAGAAAUUUUGCUUUUGUUUUUAGUUAAAUUUGCAUUUUGAAGGCCUCAGAUCCUUAAGAAAAAAAUACCCAGGGUUUCUUAAAAGUAUUAUUUAUGGAAAUACUGUAGUUUUACAGUCCACUGUGAGGUUCCCUUCUGAGGCCAAUUGAUCACUUACCUUGGUACUUUGGAACCGAAGUUACAGAUAUAUAUUAAAAUAUUAAUAAUAAUAAUAAUGUACAAAACUGUUUGUUUUUUGCCUUAUUAUAUUAUGCAGAAAUUUAAGAGGAAUUUUUUUUGACUUCUUGUUUUAAACAAAAAAAAAAGAAAACAAACUGUAAAUAUUCUGUUAAUAUAAAUGUACACCAAUAUUAAAUUCUUAACAUAGGUAGACUUUAUAAAAAUGGUUUCUAGAACCACUCUGGUUAUUUGUUAACAUGGUUACAACUCAUACUCUUGUCACAGUCAGAAAUUCACACUCAGAAAGCUCAGUACGGCAUAUAUACUUCAACUAUGCAAGAACUCGGAGGCAGGUCUUAGUGGAUGUUGGGGGGAGGAAGGUUUUAAAAAAUAAAAAUAAAAUUUAAAAAAAAAACAACCAACCCAAAAACAACCAACUCGCAACUCUGGAGACAGAAUGGCAAUGGCAUGUGAAAAGGAAGAAGGAUGCUUGUGUUUAACAAAAAAAAAAAAAAAUAAAAAAAAGAGAGACUGAAUUUUUUUGUACAAACACAAGGGACAGUUCGUCAAGGAAAGAGAAAGACACACGCUCCUGGAAGGGAAUUUUGGUUUCCUACUUUUCAAGCUGGCAAAAGCAGAUGGAACUGGCACAGUACCAUGCGGCAGACCCUUUCCUUAUUUUUUUUUUCCUUUUUUUUUCUCUUUUUUUGUGUUGUGGGCAGGAUCGCUGGCAAGCAAGGACAAUUUUCCGUGGACCCCUUGUGCUAAUUGUGCAGUGUUCUUAUUGGAAUCUGUAUACAAGACAAAGUAGAAUUUUAGGAGUGCAAAAAAAAAGUCUAAUGGUUGAUUAAAAAAAAAAAAAAGAAAUUCUGAUAUAUUAUCUAUAGUACAUGAAGACCAUAAGCAAAUGUUUGUUUCAGUGUGGUUCUGCCUUGAACUGCUUUUUGGCAUGAUUUAUUUUUUAUUUCCAAUUUUACUUUUCAUCCAUAUGUAAAUUUUGCCAUGUUUUACUUGCUGUACCAUCCCCCCUUCCCUUAUUUUAUUUUUCAGUGUCCAUGUUUUAUAUAUCCUGGGCUUUUUCUCUCUAGUUAAUUCAGCCAUCCGCUACUAUUUUCUUGGCUCUGUAACUCUUGUUUCCCCCCCUCCCCGUCCUCCCCCCUGCACCCCCUGUAAUUUUAAACAUUCAGUUUCCUUGUAGAUCAAUGAAGAUAAAUACAACAUUGAUUUUGGAUGAAAAA